ACCCCCCUCCUCUGUCUCCAUGGUAACGGAUCAGCUGGUGACCGGGCGGCGGCGCUGGCUUCACGUUCAUCCGGAGAGAAGAGAGAGAGGAACGGCUCUGCAGGGCCGGCUGGAGAAGAGGAGUCAUGCGUGUCAUUCCCGGAGGAGAGUGUCAGUGCUUUGUUCCAGAGAAGAAUGUGGGCGUCGCCCGGCGGCCGGCCUGCCCCCCCUCCGGCAGAAGAGGAUUCUGGGAGAUGUAGUCUCCCGGCAGAAGAGGAUUCUGGGAGGUCGAGUCUCCAGAAAGGGGGCGUGGCCUUGGCAGUGCUCGCUGCAGAGCGGCCCGAGCGGACACGUCUGUGGCUGCGUUCUGAUUGGACGCCGCUGGGCGCUAACCGUCGCUCACUGCUUCGAGGGGAGGGAGGGGGCUGAUCUGUGGAAGGUGGUGCUGGGUCUGAAUAACCUGGAUCACCCCGGGGGAAACAGCCAGACUCGAGGAGUGAAAUCCAUCGUCGUUCACCCCCGAUACAACCGAGCCGUCGUCGAUUACGAUAUCAGCGUCGUGCAGCUCGACUCUGAGAUCGAGGAGACGGAGUUCGUGCGGCCGGUUUGUCUCCCCGACAUUUCUCAACUUCCUCUUCCUGAUUCCUACUGUUUCAUCACCGGCUGGGGACACAUGGGAAACAGGAUGCCCUUCAAGCUGCAGGAGGGUGAGGUCCGGAUCAUUUCUCUCUCUCAGUGUCAGUCCUACUUUGACAUGAAGACUAUAACUCCCAGAAUGCUUUGCGCCGGAUACGAAGCGGGGACCGUGGACUCCUGCAUGGGAGACAGCGGUGGCCCCCUGGUGUGUUCGGACGCCUCCGGUCGCUGGACGCUCUUCGGUCUGACCUCCUGGGGCAGCGUCUGCUUCAGUAAAGUCCUCGGACCCGGAGUCUACAGCAACGUCACACACUUCACCUCCUGGAUCCAACAGCAGAUCUACACACACACGUACCUGAGCGACUGACACACACACACACACACACACACACACACACACACACACACACACACACACACACACACACACACACACACACACACACACACACACACACACACACACCUGUGCCUAUAGCUAUACUGUUAGCCUCACAUGCUAACUAAAAUGAGAUUAGAUGGACCUUUAUUAAUCCCUGUGGGGACAUUCAGUAGUUUAACAGCAACAGGGAGAAUGAACAAGUUAAAAUGAACAUGUAUACAUAUUGGGUUAUAACUGCAGUGUAAACCCCUAUUACUGAUGCUAACUAGUUAGCUAGCAAGUAGACGCCACACUUAAUGCUAAAAACACAUUUGAUAUCUUCAGGGUUUGUGAGGAUCUGUUAACGAAGUGUAACCGCUGCUGGAAACCUAACGCUGACUUUUUAAUGAGCUUUUAGCAUUGAGAUAUCUUACUUCAUAAGAUUAUCCAAAAUCAUCCAAAAGAAUGUGGAUUGAAUUCCACUUUUUUUUAGAUUUGAAGCGUCAAAUAUUUAGAAUGUAGGUUUAGUACCAAUAUUUAAAAAAAUGUAAGGAUAAUUGUUUUGUCGAGAGGCCUGCGUAGAGCAUCUGGGGAGACACAUUGGAAAUUUCCCCAAUUUCUUUUAAAGACCGGGACGGAAAAUACAAAGAGUUUAGCAAAAAUAUGAAACAAUAAUAAAGUCGUAUAAUAUGGUGUCAAAAAAUGUAGUUACAUUUCCACCAACUGGAAUUUCUCAAAGAACAAAAACAUCUCAUAAAUCCAGAACAAUAUUUUUAAAGUAAAAUAAACUCACGGUAUUUAAACUUCAACAUUUAAAAAAUGUGUUUGUUUUUUUGCAAAAUUGUUGUUGUUAAAAUGUUGUUUUCAAAUGUUUUUUUUUUGUUGGGGAAUCAUACAAAUUACCAAAUGUCCUGGUAAUUAAGAGCCGGAUGUGCUGCUUAUUUAAUUUCAUGAUAAUUAGGGGUGACGAAACCUUUUGUAUUCAACAAUGGUUAUAACAAUUAUUAUACAUUUAACUCGUCACUACAUUUUAAUCGUAGUUUAACUCAGAGACUUCCUGUUGAUUUAAACAAAACAGGAUGAUGUAGUUAUUACAUUAAUGUUGUGUGAGAGUGUGUGUGUGUGUGAGUGUGUGUGUUUGAUGUACGUAAACACACACUUUAUUUCCAUUGUCCGAUCGUCUGCUUUGAGUGUUUAAAUCUUCAGACUUUAAACGCUGACUGAAAAGCUGCUAUCUUAAAACAGACCAGUUGAAACUCAACUUCCCACAAUGCUUCACUCUAUAGUGCCUGUAGGUAGACUUAGCAGUACAAAAAAAAAACAUGUUAGCUGUAAGGUGUCGUACUGUGUGUGUGUGUGUGUGUGUGUGUGUGUGUGUGUGUGUGUGUGUGUGUGUGUGUGUGUGUGUGUGUGACAGACAUUCAUUUGCUUCUACACACACCAGCAACUUGUAAGGCAACUUUUAGCUCUUUGCACUUUUUAACAAAAUGUUUUCACAUUUACUUCCAUUUAGUCCCAUUUUUGGGGGAAUGUUGUAGAUUAAUAAAAAAAUCAGAAAUUCAUUUAAAUAUAUCUGAUAUAGUUCUAACAUUUAUUUACAUAUUUGUGAAAUAAAAAAAUUAGGUUAAUUUGACACGAUAUGAGAAUAAUUCAUGAAAAUAAAUUGAAAAAUGUCCAAACAUUUCUGUGGAUGAAUGUCAGUAAAUAUAGUACCAUAAUACCAUACUAACAGGCCGGAUAACAAAUACAUCUGGAUAUUCAUUCACAUAUAUUUUUCAGUACUCUUUGGGGAAUGUUUCCAACAUUGUUUACACAUUUCUGAAUAUGUUUUACAUUUGAUUAUGAAUUAUUUUGAAUUUAUUUCAUUUUUUCUGUUCAUUUUAAAAUAACAUUUGAUUGUUGCCCAACAAGUUGCCGGUGUUUCCUCCACGCUGACGUCUGUCGGACAUCCAGAACAUUCCAGUGGGUUCUUUUUCCUGUGUUUUUCAAGAGUAUUUUUCUACAGCUUUUUGUAUGUCGUGUGUGUGUGUGUGUGUGUGUGUGUGUGUGUGUGUGUGUUAUUAUUCUUUAAUGAUCUGGAUUUAAAUGAAAUGUAGCCUUUUAAUGUUUUUUUGUGUAACACCUGAAAUAUUUCCUUUGUAUCACCGUGUUUCCACCAAUAAAGACUACACACACUCUGCCA